AUGGCAUCGCAGCCCUACCCGCUGGCCAAUAUGGCCGUCUCGGCUGCAGUGGAUCCCGCCUUUUGGACCCAGCCCCAGCAAUCCGCCGACUCGUCGCCUCUGGCGCUACAUCUGUCGCCCUCGGCAAGCUCUACCACUCACGAUAGCCAGCAAAGCAACACUCCGCCCGCCCUGACCCCCAAAUCUGACAAUGAGCGUAAGAACAGUGCCACCGACCAGCAAAACGGCCAGCAGGGCGCCCAGAAUGGAAACCAAGCGCGCACCUCCGUGGCCGUCGCGUGCGUCCAGUGCCGCAGCCGCCAUCUGAAGUGCGAUGGCGGCGUGAGAUGUUCCCGAUGCAGGGCUGAUGGUGUAGACUGCACCUACAUCAAGUCACGCCGUGGGUGGAAGGGAAAGAGGAAGAAGCCUGGGGAGAACGGCGCACCUGUACCAGUGCCAGACCCGAAUGCCCUUCCAUCGGGUCCUGUGCUCAAUACGAACCUUACUCCUACCAGCCACCAGGCGCUGUCGCCUGAGUAUGCAUUUGCAAAUGAAUUGGCUCUUGCAAACCAGCUGAAUUCUCCUCACACCAUUGGUCUCGUCACUCCCCCCAGUGCCACCUCCCAGCUCAACCUCAAUGGAUCCCAAAGGCUAAACAAAUUCGGCCAUCUGGGCCCGCCCACGCCUAUCCAAGCGUUCUACCACUACUUUUACAACUCUCAUCCGUUCUGCGUGCCCCAGCUUCAGUUAAUGCAGCUUUUCAAAGACCGGAGAGCGCCUCUCCUAGAGUAUGCUGUGCAGUAUCUGGGAUCAUGUUACCUUGCCGAGAUGCCCACCGACAUGUACAAGGAGGCACUGAACCGAACCAUUGACAGUGGCCAAUUUCCAAGAGACGGUUUCUCAGUGCAAGCUCUGAUUCUCUACGCCGUCGGUCUCCAUGCCUGCAACGAAGUUCCCCGUUCCGCCCAGAUCUUUGGCCUUGUCCAGAACUUAGUAGUAGAGCUCGGCAUGAACCGUAUGGACUACGCCCUUAUCCACGGCAACAACGACCGCGUCCUCGAAGAAAGUUGGAGACGAACAUGGUGGUCCUCCUACACCGUCAACGGCAUGCUCACAGCCGUCAAUCCAGGCGUGCAAUUCCGCCUGAAAGACAUCGCCACCGACGUCCCUCUCCCCUGCGAGGAUCAUCAGUACUUUUCGGGCGCAAUACCCUACCCGCACACCCUGCAAGAGUACGAUGACUCGGCUUUUGCCCCCGAGGAAAUCAUCUUCUCCUCCUUCACCUACCUCAUCGACGCCAUCCGUAUCCUCGGCAAAGUCUUCGAAGUCGCCCGCCUGGAUUCCCAAUUCGAGUACCACGCCGUCGAUGUCGUAGACUCAUACCUCGUGAACUGGCGUCUGCACCUCCCCGCAAACAAGCUCGAGAUCGUCAACAACGACGGCGUCAUCGACGAGGUGCUUUUCCAGGCACACAUGGUCAACGCCGGCAGCACAAUCAUGCUGCAUCGCCCGCGCAGCAACCUUGGCUUCGGCCGUGUCGAAAACGUAAAUAUCUGCGUGCAGCCCGGGCAGGUCCUGCUGCCGACACAGACCCGCGAGAUCCACACCGCCAAGUGCCUCACCUCGGCGGAGAAUAUCUCAUCCCUGAUCAAGCUCCCAGGCCAGCUUAUCUAUCACACGCCCUUUUUCACAUGCGUCGUCGUCAUGGCGUCGGUGGUGCAUCUCUCCUACUGGUCGUUCCUCGUCCCCGACGGGCAGGAUGACAUCAUCAAGCAGAGCAUUCGUCUAGACGUGGGAACGCUGCAGCAGUACAGCCAUACGUGGGACAUUGCGCACGUGGUGCUGGGGCAAGUGCGCGGCGUAGCUCACACGCUGUGGAACAGCAAGAAGGCGAUGAGCAUCCAUCUAUGGAAUAACAUUGCCGGCGACGAGGUCAUCAGGAAUGUGAUCGAGGAGGGUGCUACGGUACCUGUGCAGCAGUACAACCAGCUUAUCGCGCCAAUGCUCAAGUCGUAA